AUGGAGCGUGCCAGUGAGAUUUACUAUGACUUUACAAUAUGGAGCUGCUGCACAUCAUCAAAUCUCAGCUCAGAACCAUCCUCUGAGAACGAAUUCUCAUCCAAAAAAUUCGAAGGGAAUGCCGGUACAAAUCUUGUCCAGCAACUUUCCAUGUAUCUAGAUCAAGUUGCCGACUCGUCUGUUGGGUCAGUUGUCUGA